AUGUCACAUAUUAGUAAAAACGUUAAAAAAUGGAUACCAUUACGAUUACCUUCGGUUUCUACACUUACUCGUUCGUCAAAACCACGUUGGUAUAAUGUAUUAAUAAUUUUCCUUGUAGUUCUUAUUGUAUUGGAUCAUAUUCAUAAUUUUUCAUAUGCAGAAUUUUCUCGAUUAUUUCAUGACUCAGAUGAUCUGGACAUAUCAGAUUCAGACCUUAUGAUGAUGGACGAUGAAGUAACUAAAAGUCCUAAAGCAGGAAAUUUUACUGAAGUUGUAAUUGAUAUGAAUGAUAGAGUACCAACAUUUAAACUUGCAACAAAAUCUGGUGAGAAACCAGCUAGUGAAAGUGAUCAAGGACUAAAUCAAUUAUAUGAAGAAUUGCAUCUUCAAGAAACAUGUCAACGAGAUUCAUCAACGAUUGUCGUGGAUGUUGGUGCUUCUCUAGGUAAUUUUGGUCUUUAUGCAGCAGCAUGUGGUUGUACUGUGUAUUUGUUUGAAAUCAAAAAAGAACUAAUUACUCUUAUUCAGUCAUCCAUGAAUCAUAAUACAUUUACAUCACCUCCUGUUAAUGUCUUUAACAAGGCUGUUAAUGAUAUGCCAACUGAUUCAACUAUGGAUUAUCGGCCUCCAGAUGAUGCAGCAGCUGAUUCUAUAUCAAUACAAACUAUUCGAUUAGAUGAUGUUGAAUGGUCAGCAACUUCAAUUUAUAUACUUAAAAUUGAUGUUGAAGGAUCUGAACAAAGUGUUCUUCGUUCAGCAGAGAAUCUUUUUUCUCAAAAACGUAUUCAAAAUGUAAUUCUUAAAUAUAGUCCAUGGUUAGCUGAACAAACUCAAGAAAAACCGUUAUUAAUGUAUAUGAGAAGAGACUUAAAAGCCAGAUUUAUUUAUUCUCUUUAUCCAACAACUCCGACUCUUUAUGGACCUUUAGUACCAAUGCAUUUUACAACACUUAACGAACAACUUUCACAAGCUCAUGCAGAAACCCAUAUUUAUGCGUCUUUUGAUAGCAAAGCAACCAGAUCUUCAAUUAAAUCAGAACCAUUUGCAUCAUAUAAACCUUAA